UAAUUGGCAAAUAUUUAGGUAUUAAAUGCAUUGAUAAUAAUUUUUAGAGCUUUAAGCUCCAGAUAAUGUUCCAAUCUUUCCAAUAUCCCUUUGGGGCUGUAUGAGAAGUUUAGUUUAGCUUCUUAGCCUCUAAUUGCUAUAGAGUAUAGAUCAUAGGUUCUGACUGCUUCUAUUUCAUUUGUGUAUAUUUCGAUGUACUUCUUGACUUGCCCAACAUUGAUGGAUGCUUGACAGUUAGAGUUGUUCUUUAAUACUCCAAUGUACUCAGACCUCCUUUCAAGGUGUACUUUAUGGGUGCUUCUCGCCUUCUUGGAAGAAGAAGCGAAUCUAGUUGCUUUUUUAUUGAGAAUCUCAAGCCUCAGCUUGAGAAAGCCUUGUGUAAUAUGAAGCUAAGUGGUCAUACUCUUUCUUCUUUUAAGUACUGGUUGCUAACAUUUACUGAUAUGGGUCUUUAUGGAGCUUGUUUAAUUAUCGGAGGAGUCUCUCUGAGAAAUCUUCUGAGGAGUCUGCGUAUUUGUAACUAUCUGGUGAGGUGCAACUUCAUGUUGAAUGAGAGGUGGGGAUUGUUAAUUUGUAGAGAAGCAGAAUCAGCAAUCUUGGAGGCUAGGCACUACUUCAUUCAACUGACUCAUUCAAUAAGUUGAACUAAGGUGCUUAAUCAUGCUUGAGUACUGCUGUACGGGUAAGGGAGCAUAAUUCUUAUUUUUGGUUGAGUGUGUAAAAUUCAUUUUUAUUGUUAUCAAGUAUCUAUUUUAUCUUUCUGUAUAGUACUUC